AUGGGCGUCUUACCUCUUCUUCUGUUGGCUUCCUCACUCCUCUCUGCGGCGCACGCUGCGGAAAUGAAACCUCGCAAAGACCUCGCCGGCCCCGGCGGAUCCAACAACGAGUUCAUUGGCAAUCACGAACCUGUCAUUCCCGCCGCCAUCAUCACACCCCGCCCCAACGACCCCGAGCCUGUGACCCAGAUUCCCGAGCCUGUUACUUCGGCGAGCGACCCCGUCGCCACUCCAAACCCGGCGUCGGCCCCUCAAGACGUCUUCACUGACGAUCCUUUCGGAACCUCUGGCCCGUCCGUCUCGAACCCUGGCCCAUCGUUCGAUCCCAACGACCCUCUGGGCGGCAGGAACCCUCUCGCGGGUGACGACUCCAAGACUGGUGUUCAGCGGACAAGCGAGGCGGACUCUAGCGCGUAUGCUGGUACCGUGCAACCCAACCAGGUCAGUUCGGGGAUCCCGAUUACUCCCAAUAUUCCAGACAACAACGCGACCCCGGUUUCUCCCGGUACUCCUGACAACGGCUCGACCCCGAAUUUCCCCGAUAUCCCAGACAACGGCACAGCCCCGAUCUUUCCCAGUACUCCAGACAACGUCGCUGAAACUGGCGUCGCGCAAAAUUCCUCCUGCGACCCGUCCGACUUGGACGGUUACACGUCGUCGUAUCAAAUCACCAAAUACGGCCACAUUCUGCACUGGGCCGUCGUCUCCCCAACGGUCGUCAAGAUCGCGUUCGAGGCGAAGCACGGCAGCGGCGCGGCGGCGGGAUGGGUGUCCAUCGGGUUCUCCAAGGACGGCAAGAUGAAGAAAGCUGACGCAAUCAUCGGUAACCAGCCGGACACGCCCAUCGCGGCCUAUUCGAUCAAGGGAUACGACGCGGAUUCCAUUGAGAUUAACAAGGACCUGUGGAUUGGCGACGACGCGAGUCUCCUAUCCAAGACCAACGGCAGCCUCAUCAUGAAGUUCCAGAGGAGAACCACGGACGGCGUUGCGCCCAUCUCCACGACGGGCAACGUCACCGUCAUCUGGGCGUUCUCCGCCGACAAAACCAAGCCGCUCGCCUUCCACGGCGACAAGAGGCGUGGCUCUUUCCAAGUUGACUUUUCGUGCAAUGGCGGCGGCGGCGGCGUGGCGGCGCAACAAACGGUGCCGGUGGUGGCGGCGCAGGGCGGGAAUGUGACGGUGGGGUCGGCAUGCACCCAGUCGACGCUAAGCGAGUUCGACCACCAAGCGGAUCUCUACGACGGAAAGAUUCUGCUGCACUGGAAGGUUCUGGCCGGCCCCGUAUUCCAGAUGGCUUUCGAGGCGAAGCGCCUCAGCGGCGCGGAGAACAGCUGGAUUUCCGUCGGCUGGUCCAACAACGGAGCCAUGGCGCCUGCUGACGCCGUUGUUGGUAACACACCCGGGAUCAAGGCGUACCGACUUGAUGGUUACAAGAUGGCUGAGCUCGUCAACGACACAUUUUCGCUCGGACCGAACCCGUCUGUCACCACCUCGGCUUCUGGAUCCACAAUUCUGAAGUUUUCCCGCAGGAACGGGGAUGGCGGCACGGUUCCGAUCACUCUGAGUGGUGAGACGUACGUCAUCUGGGCCUUCUCCCGCGGCAUGCUCGAGGCGUUCGGCUAUCACGAUUACAAUAGAGGUCUCGCAAUGGUUGAUUUCCUCUGCAACAUUGCCCCCACCACCCUGAUGCGACCUGGCGAAAAUGUUGCCAACAUCCCGGGUGCCGAUGUGGAGGAAGAUGACAACGCGGGUCUGUCCCCUGCCGAGCGCGAGGACGAGGAGGCCCGCAGGGAGCACCGGACAGCGCGCCGAGCCAAUCGCGGGGCGAUUUUCCGUUCAUGGGCUGAUGCUAUGUUUGGCCUCCCCAGCCCCGUCCGAUCGUCCAACCCAUCAUCGCCAUACCCCUAA